AAAACCUUUCAUGACUGUGUUUUCUCGUGUGAGAUAAGAAGUAAUACAAACCUGUGUAAUGAAUGAGUGAUGAAUGAAGUGUUGAGUGUCUUCUCUCUCCAGUACAGCAGGAGGCGCUCUGCAGCUCUUUAGUCCACAGAUAAACCCACUAAAGAAAGAAAGAAAGAAAGAAAGAGCUCGCGUGUGAUGUGUUUGUGUGUCCUCAGUGUUUUUCUCUCUUGAGUGUUUUAUUGAGUGUAAACAGAGUCUUGUCUCUGUGUAUUUUAGUGUUGAUGAUGGAUGUGAUGUGCUGUAAAUCAGGAACUGAUCAGGGCUUACAGGAUGAGGAAUCUACUGAUCAAACCUCCACAGAGUCUCUGGAUUCUGUCUGUAACGCUGGAGAACAGCAGCAGAUCCUGCAGACCAAACUCAAGAUGUGUUCAGUCAAACUCAUCGACUGCACGAACCUCAUGAUGAAGAUGAGAAGAGAAACCACAGCAGAAGAUGAUCACACUGAGGAAGAGGACAGUCAUGAUGAUGACGAUGAUGAUUUUAUUCCUUCAGAUGUGAAGGGAGAAGAACUGAAGAAGAAGUUGUUUCACUGUCAGCAGUGUGGCAGGGAUUUUGUCUUCUUAUCUCAUCUGAAAGUUCACAUGAGGACACACAGUGGUGAAAAACCUUUCUACUGCACUGAAUGUGGCCAUUACUUCAGCACAAAACACAGUCUUGAUUCUCAUAAGAGAAUUCACACAGGAGAGAAACCAUACGAGUGUCCUCACUGUGAGAUGAGAUUCAACCGGAAACAUCAUCUAACGAAACAUGUGCGUUCACAUACCAAAGAGAAACCCUAUCAGUGCCGUGAAUGUGGAAAAACAUUUAGGGAUUCAAGCUCUUUAAAAUCACAUGAAAAAACACACUCUGGGGAGAAAUCCUACCAAUGUUCACACUGUGAUAAACGUUUUUGUCAUAAAUAUCAGCUGGUAUACCACAAGAGAAUUCACACUGGAGAGAGACCUUACUUCUGUUUUUACUGUGGUGAGAGCUUCUCUGAUCCAAGUACUUUUUCAUUUCACAAGAGAAUUCACACUGGACAGAAACCUCAUCACUGUAAUGUCUGUGGGAAGAGUUUCAGUCGCCAUGGCACGUUAGUGAGACACUUGAGAACUCAUACAAGAGAAAGACUUUACAAAUGUUCUCAGUGUGAGAAGACGUUUGCUCGACCAGAUGUCCUGAGAAAACAUCAGCGAGUUCACACUGGAGAGAAACCUUAUGUCUGCUCUCACUGUGGAAAGAGAUUCAGUGAUUCUGGAAAUCUUCAGAAACAUCAGAAGAAACAUACUGAAGAACAAACUACACUGAAAUAAUUGUAGUGUCUCAAUCUGUAUGUCAGUCAAACCCAGAGUCCUUUCUGUCAGUAGAGGUCAAUGUCACAGAGUUUUUAUCAAGAGUAUUUAUGUGGAUUGGAGUAUGGAGCCAGUUAUUUCUGAUCUUAAUUUUUUCUUCUUUUAUGUAAGAAUAAUCUGAUUAAACAUAUUUGCCAACACCAGACAAAACUCAGGGUUGUAGCGAGAAAAUGACACAUCUUCUUGACUUCAGUAAAUAUUAGUCAAUACUCAUUUUCUGUCAGAAAACGUCUUACUACACAUCUAAUAGAUCCGAGUAGAAACAUACAUCUGUGUUUUUUUUUACUUUGUUCUUUACUUUUAUUUAUGUUGAGUCAUUCGAAACCACUCAAUAUUAUGGCAGUAAAGAUUUUAUUAAAACAUAUAAUUUGAUAUCACAAAAAAAUGAAAAUGAACACAAUUGUGUUCUGCUGAUAAUCUCAUUACCAUAACACGUCCCAAUAUAUGUUGUAAUUUAUCAGAGUACAAUAAAACAAAUCUAAAAAAAAUUGGAUGACACAUGACAUGUUCUCAUUCUUAGUAUCAUUUUAAAAGGACUGUUUACAUGUACACACAGAUAUUUACAUUAAAUUUGAUUUUGUUUCAAGAAACACAUCUGCCAGUGACUUUGAAAUAGCUACCAGGUUAACUCAUUACCCAUACAAGUAGUUUCCCACAUUUAAUUUUUUUACAAUUAUAAUUUUCUAUUAAUGUCUCAUGUAUGAUUAAAGGGGCCAUGGCAUGAAAAUCUGACUUUUUCCAUGUUUAAGUGCUAUUAUUGGGUCCCUAGUGCUGCUAUCAACCUAGAAAAUAUGAAAAAGAUCAACCCAGUAACUUAGUUUUGGUAAACCAUUCUCUCCAAGCACUUGAAAAAAUAGGUCGUUGAAAAUUGGCUCUCCUUAUGAUGUCAUAAGGAGCUCUUAUUAUAAUAAAACCACCCCUUAAUCCAACCACAGCACUGCCAUUUAGUGCAGAGAGAAAAUAAUUCACAGAACAAUUGAGUUUCAAUUUCAACAAACCACCAUCAUUGCGAUCAGUGUUUGAAUUUCAUCCGCUCAUGUGCAUUUUAAAGGACACACCCAAAACGGCACAUUUUUGCACACACCUACAAAGUGGCGAUUUUAACAUGCUAUAAUAAAUUAUUUAUAUGGUAUUUUGAGCUAAAACUUCACAUAUGUGCUCUGGGGACACCAAAGAUUUAUUUGACAUCUUAAAAAAGUUCUGUGACAUGGCCCCUUUAAUAAAAACUUACUUGGGCUUCAUGGCUUUGUUUAUUUAAAGGAGCGGUGAAUCAAAUACUCAAUUUUAACUUGAUAAUUUGUUAUAUAAGAGGUCAUCAUACUUAAAUGAACAUCCUGCAAGUUUCAGAACUGAAAACGUCCGUGCUACUGAAAUAUAACAGUUUUUGGCACCAAGCCAGUAAAACAAGCCAGUGUGGAAUUCGGAAAUCUAUGACGUCAAAGUAGAAUUGAAGCACCGCCCCAUAGCCAAAUACAAGGACCACUUUUGAAGUCCCGCCCACAGCUUCGCGUGACACACGUGUGUCUCAACAAGUAAAUAUGUCUUUAAAGAUUGACAAAUGUAACCAAAAUGACUUUUAAAUACAUUUUUUCUGAGAGACUUUUAUUUUGACGCAGUGAUCUGUUAUGAUAGACUGGGAACGCAUUUUCGGUUGUGGAAGAACCGCGUGGGAACAACACAGAAGCUAAAUACUUAAAUUCGGAGGCUUGGAACAUAACAUUAAAUGCCUGGAAAAAGUUUGCUUCUUAAGAAGUUCCAGCUCGUGUGGGGAGUGUUUGUUAACUUUGUGUACACGGAUUUAUUUGGAAAGAAGUCGAUGCUGGAUUUGCAGAGAGACUGUGAUUAAAAGCACCACUUAUAUUGGAUCUGACAACAAUGACACAGCAUUAUACACAGUAAGACAUUUUACUUUAUUUAAGUUACUGCGUUUCACUAUUGCUUUGUUAGAAGAGAUCGCUUGAUAUGUCUGUUGUAACAUCCGUGUCUAAACACGUAUGUUUGACUGUUUUAAUGUACUAAAAACAUUAAACGAUUAAUAAAGAUACACCACUUAACAACACGACUGUAAUUUAACGGUAGAAAUAUACAGUGUUAUUUAUAAAGAAGGAUUUAUCAGCCGCAGUUUAGAUUCUGAUGCCCGUUUACUGUGUUGUAUACGGUAAUUUAGGCGAGUUACGUUUGAAAGGUCAAACACUCAACAAAGCUUAUUUUUUAUCAUAUAACUGUGGUAUUUAACAUUACGUGAAUGUAAAAGCAACCUCACAAGCACAAUCGAAUUAUACAAAGUUAUUGAUAAGGAUUUAUUAGCCGCAGUUUAGAUUCUGAUGCGCGCUUACUGUGUUGUAUACGGUAAUUUAGUCACGUCGAGUUUUGUUUCUACUUUAAUAUACGUAUUGUCAUUUAUGUGUAUCAUAUUUAGCACCCAGAAUCUUUUGUGGCUCAAACAUAUUUGUGUUCGGCUGCUAUUUUUAUCACAUUAAUGUUUUUAAAACAUUUGCCCACAUGUAAUGAUGGGUAAUGAAGCCGUCCAAUCAUAGCAGUGGGUGUUUACGUCCAGGUCUUCAAUGCGGCCCGCCCCUUCAAACGAACCAUUUCUCCAGACAGCCACUAUUCUAUGUUACAAAAUAGCCUAUUACUUAUUGUUUUUGAUGUUUUUGAAUGUAAAAACCACGCGGACAUCAGAAGUAGACAUCAGGCAACAGUAUAAAACAAUAAAAUCGACAAAUUCACCGCCCCUUU